AUGGACAGCUUGAUGCUGCGGGACGAGGCCGCGCGUGAUCGCGUGCGCCAGGCCCUGGAGUUCCUCGAUCCCAACGACCAGAAUGUGCGCAGCUACCGGCCGGACAUCAUCUUGAUGCUCCAGAAAAACCAGCGCAGACUUGUCGUUAAUAUCGACCAUGUCCGCGACCACAACCCGGCCAUGGCUGAGGGCCUACUGCAUGACCCCUUCAACUACGUUCCAGCCUUCAACCAUGCGCUCAAAGAGAUCGUCAAGACACUACCCCAGGCCAGGCCCGAUCAAACCGACCCUGAUGUGCUGUAUUACUGCGCUUGGGCCGGCAGCUUUGGGUCCAACUCGUGCAACCCGCGCACGCUCUCGGCUCAGCACCUCAACAACAUGGUCUCCAUCGAGGGUAUUGUCACCCGCUGUUCGCUGAUUCGCCCCAAAAUUGCAAAGAGCGUCCACUACAGCGAGGCUACCGGCAAGUUCUGGUUCAAGGAGUAUCGUGACCAGACCAUGACUACCGGCGUCACCACUUCCAGCGUCUACCCCACCGAGGACGCCGAUGGCAAUCCUUUGCAAACAGAGUACGGUCUCUGUACUUAUAGGGACCACCAGACCGUUUCUAUCCAAGAAAUGCCCGAGCGGGCACCUGCUGGCCAGUUGCCCCGCGGUGUCGACGUUAUUCUUGAUGACGACCUUGUUGACUCGUGCAAGCCGGGCGACCGUGUGCAGCUUGUCGGCAUCUACCGCACGCUGGGUAAUAGGAACACGAAUCACAAUAGUGCCGUCUUCAAGACGGUCCUGAUAGCCAACAAUGUCGUUCUGUUGUCGACAAAAUCCGGAGGCGGCGUUGCAACUGCUACUAUCACAGACACAGACAUUCGCAACAUCAAUAAGAUCUCAAAGAAAGCCAACGUCUUCGAGUUAUUAUCACAGUCCUUGGCUCCCAGUAUUUAUGGUCAUGAAUACAUCAAAAAAGCUAUUCUGCUGAUGCUGUUGGGUGGUAUGGAGAAGAACCUGGAGAACGGCACACAUCUGAGAGGCGAUAUCAACAUUCUGAUGGUUGGUGAUCCGUCAACUGCCAAGUCCCAACUUCUUCGCUUUGUGCUCAAUACUGCACCUUUGGCCAUUGCCACAACCGGCCGCGGUUCCUCCGGUGUCGGUCUGACGGCUGCGGUGACGACCGACAAGGAGACUGGUGAACGCCGGUUGGAAGCCGGUGCCAUGGUCAUGGCUGAUCGCGGUGUUGUCUGCAUUGACGAGUUUGACAAGAUGUCAGACAUCGACCGAGUAGCCAUCCACGAAGUCAUGGAGCAGCAGACAGUCACCAUCGCAAAAGCUGGCAUCCACACGUCUCUGAACGCCCGUUGCAGCGUCAUCGCCGCCGCUAACCCCAUCUAUGGGCAGUACGAUACGCACAAGGACCCCCAUAAAAACAUUGCUCUGCCCGACUCUCUGCUUUCCCGUUUCGACCUCUUGUUCGUCGUCACGGACGAUAUCGAGGAUACCCGAGAUCGUCAGGUUUCCGAACAUGUGUUGCGCAUGCACCGGUACCGGCAGCCUGGCACCGAGGAGGGUGCCCCUGUGCGUGAGAAUACUGGGCAGUCGCUCAAUGUUGCGCUCACGAGCCAAGCCGACUCUCAAAAGCCGACAGAGGUGUACGAAAAGUAUGAUGCCAUGCUGCACGCUGGCGUCAAGGGCGGGAGGAAAGGCAAGAAGCCCGAGGUGCUCAGCAUCCCUUUCUUGAAGAAGUACAUACAAUAUGCCAAGACGCGUAUCAAGCCCGUUCUCACUCAAGAGGCGGCGGAUCGCAUCUCCGAUAUCUAUGUUAGCCUGCGCAACGACGACAUGGAGAGCAAUCAGCGCAAGACGAGCCCCCUGACUGUGCGUACUCUCGAGACUUUGAUUCGUCUCGCCACGGCGCACGCCAAGGCUCGUCUUUCCAACCGUGUCGAGGAACGCGAUGCUGAAGCCGCCGAAUCUAUCUUGCGCUUCGCUCUUUUCAAGGAGAUCGUUGAGGACGAGAGCCGCAAGAAGCGGCGCAAGACCCGGCCCCUGGAAGAUGAGGAAGACAGCAGUUCGGAUGACGACGGUUCGUCUUCGGACGACGGAGACAUUGCGAGCCGCGCUGCUCGCAGCAGCACUGCCCGUGCCAGCGCCGCCCGGUCAACCCGCUCUUCCCAACGGUCUAACCGUCGUCGCCCGAACGGCGCGCCCACACGCAAAACAGCAGCCAGCAUAUCAGACGGGGACGAAGAGGAGGAAGCAGAAGAAGAGGAAGAGGCGCCUCGCCGGUCAACUCGUUCGACUGCCCACAACGCAUCCUCCUCCCAACCCUCCUUCGCUUCGUCUGUGCCGGCGUCACAGUUGCCCGACGACGACCAGACGCUGGUUUCUGGUACAGCUAACCUCACUGUCACUGAUGAUAAGGGCGACGAUCAUGAUGCUGAGGUAGACGAAGACGGUGAACCGACCAUCUCGGAGCAUCGUCUUGAGGUGUUCCGGCGCGCCCUCGGCCAGCUGCUGAAUACACCUCUGUUCGAGGAUGAUUCGGCUGAGGUGGACGAGUUGAUCGAGGCGGUCAACCGGCGAGUUGGCACGCUCGGUGGCAGUGGCGGUGUCUUCUCGCGCGAAGAGGCAAUCUUAGCACUGAAGGAGAUGGAUAAGAGGAAUCAGAUUAUGUACACCGAUGGCGAGCUGGUGUAUAAGAUCUAA